GCUGCAUUAUUGUGGAAAAGGAGUGUGUAGUGACCCGGGCUGGACUCACAGUAGCAAAAUGGCCUGCUCUUCGGCUGCCCCGCCCCGGCCACAAAGCAAAAUACGCUGCUUUUCGGUGGUUUGGGGUCCCGGGUGCCAGCGGCCAUCCGGAGCUCCGUUGGGUCACCGGAGGGACCCGUGGCGGAACCCGCCCUGAGGCUUUGGGAUUCUCCCGAAGCUUUCAGGCUGCCUGGAUAAAGAACAAGGUUGGAGUGGGAAAAGAGAGGAAACUUCCUGCCUGCCAGUUUACAAGAACCUGACUAAUGGAAUCUGCCAAGAAGAUGGAUGUCAUCAAUGUCACUGCCUUGCCCAUGAUACCACUGGAUGAACACCAGGUGGUCUCUGUCAAUGCCCGGAAAGUACAGGAGAAUUCUUUGAGGAAACAGUUGCAAGACCAUCCCCCCAUUUCCUUAGCAACUUGCCUCCCAGCAUGCAUCAUUGGCUCCAUGAGUCAGGUGAACCAGAAGAUUACUGAGAUAGACCUGGGACCCAGCCUGUGGGUCAGCCUCUCGGCAAUUGAGGAAUAUGAGUUGGAGAAGAAGUCUUUAAAAGAGAAAACUCACGGCAGCCUGGGAGACAGAGCCAGGAGACCAAAGGAAGAGUCACCGAUAUCCUGCAAAGGUUCGGAGCUCCGGAACGCCAAGGUGAACCUGACAAAAAGGAAAAGAGCAGAUAAAAACCUGCUGGCAGAACUUCACCAACACCCCCCGUUUGAUGAAACGAAGCCCAACAAGCUUCCCAAUGGCGUGGACUUCUGCGAUAUGGUGGGCAAUGUGAUCCGGUCUGAGAAAAACCCGUUUAGUGGCAAGUCUUACUGUUUAGACAGAGAAUUAGAGAAGUUUCUAUCCUCUCCCUCCCUGAGCGCCAUCUGGCUGGACAGCUUUUGGUGGCUGUUUCAUGAACGGUACCAGCCAAACAAGGAGAUUCAAAACAAGCUGUUUGACCGAAUAGCCCGAAAUUACGCCUUCCUGUUGUUCAAGACAAUCAGGUCCCACUAUGAAGAGGCGCUCAUAAAAAGGCUCCCAUCGCUUCUGAGCAAAGCCCUGUACACCAGCUUCUGCUGCUGCUUCCCCCAGUCCUGGUUCAACACACAUGAAUUCAAGUCAGAAAUUUGUAACACCAUGGGCCUGUGGAUCUCAGGGACGUAUCCUUGCCCAAAGAGCUAUGACAAUUGGGACUACUCAGAGCUGGAUCCGGAGAGGUUCCGGAGAGAAGAACUGAUGUUACACAGCAGUCGACUUAUAAAGGGAAGAGAGUUCUCCCUCAUCACUUUUAAGAAAACCUCCACGCAGAAGGCAGAACAGAACAAAAACAAGAAAUUCUAUCACCUUCCGACGCCCUUUUCCCUGGGUAAAUACUCGCAAUCACUUUUUUGCUGUAUCACAUUGACAGAUCAGCCCACAUCAACCCUGUACUCCCGGAAAGCCACGCAGCAAGUUAAGAGGAUAUCAGAAGCCAGAGCAUGGAUGAGUUUGUAUCUGAAAAAGUCCCACCAUGCCUGCAAAAGCCCCACGCUGACUUCAAACCAAUUCAACCUUUAUGGGAAGAGCCCACUAAUCGUGUACUUCUUCCUCAACUACUCCAAGCUGCAGCUGAAUGGCCAGGAUGUGCUGGUCAGCAGGAGAGAAAAGACCAAUGUCGUCCCUGACUCUGCCAUGACCUACGCUGACAUCAUCUUACUGGUCAUGAAGAACAUGGAGACUCGAAAGAGAAAGCUCAAGCAGCUGUAUCAGCUGCACGAGAAUGAGUGGACCUAUUUUAACAACUACCUGACGGAGCUGCAGGAGAACUUCGAGAGGGAGGUGAAUAUUAUCGAUCAAAGAGCAGCAGAAAGAAAAAGGGCCAACCAUGCCUUUCUCUCGUCCUCCUUACUGCUUGAUGACUUGCUUGACAAGAAAUCCAAAGGAACCCCCCACCGAGAAAUGACGUUUCUCUCAAGGAAGAAACAGAAAGAGGUGGAAGAGAAACAGAGGGGUUUCCAGUCCCCUUUCUCAUUAGUAAGUCUCGAUAACUACUCCCUGGGCCUACAAAGCCCCUACAGAAUCGGACCUCCUUCCAGUGCCAGCAAGCGCAACGCCAAUAUGUUCCGAAUCAAGCAGGAGAUGCUCUUUAGACUCUCCCCGACUUCCAUGGAAUGAACGCCAAGGAUAGGCUCUGACUGCAGAGGUGGUGCCUGCCUGUGUUGUCGGACAGCAGUGAGAGCUCUGCUGCAGCCAGGGCCAUGCUGAGUCUUCCUCAGUCCACUGGAUAAAGAAUAUUAAAGUGCUCAUCUACCACGAGCCAAAGUGAGGGCUGACAGAAGGUGACUCACCUCAUCCAUUCAGACAUUUACUGAUGCAUUCUUUCAUUCACUUAUUAAUAAUAACCACACAAUUCAACGCAUCAUUACGAAACAUAGCAAGACCCUGACUCAAAAAAAAAAAAAACCCAAGUAAACAGGAAGUAUUAGAAGGGA